GUCGUGGGCGGGAUGUGGGCAUCGGCAAACUGAGCUGGGACCUCGCCUGGACCGCGGCGGCCUGGUGGGAACCGCGCGGCGGUUGGCGGUGGGCGGAGCCGGCUGGCAGGCGAGGGGGCCGGUGCAGGUACCUGCGGGAUGAAGGUUGCUGGGCAGAGGCAUGAGCUUCCCGCUGCAUGAUCAGACCUGAUAGUGCAUUGUGGCACUGACCUGUGUGUCCAUGCAUGGUUUGGCCCUGCGGUGACUAGUGUGAUCCAGCCUGCCACCAUGGUGAAGCUGUUGGUGGCCAAAAUCCUCUGCAUGGUGGGUGUGUUCUUCUUCAUGCUGCUGGGCUCCCUGCUCCCCGUGAAGGUCAUCGAGACAGACUUUGAGAAAGCCCAUCACUCAAAAAAGAUCCUUUCCCUCUGCAACACUUUCGGCGGUGGGGUAUUCCUGGCCACCUGCUUCAACGCGCUGCUGCCUGCUGUGCGGGAGAAGCUGCAGCGCGUGCUGAGCCUUGGGCACCUGAGCACCGACUACCCGUUGGCAGAGACCCUGCUACUGCUGGGCUUCUUUGUGACCGUAUUCCUGGAGCAGCUGGUGCUCACAUUCCGCAAGGAGAAGCCGUCCUUCAUCGACCUGGAGACCUUCAACGCAGGCUCAGACGCUGGCAGCGACUCGGAGUACGAGAGCCCCUUUGCCGGGGGUGCGCGCGGCGCGCUCUAUGCCGAGGGCCACGCACAUGCGCACGGCCCGGGCCUGAGUGUACAGGAGCUAUCGCGCUCCGGGCCGCUGCGCCUGCUCAGCCUGGUCUUCGCUCUGUCGGCACACUCCAUUUUCGAGGGCCUGGCACUAGGCCUACAGGAGGAGGGCGAGAAGGUGGUGAGCCUCUUCGUGGGUGUGGCCAUCCACGAGACGCUGGUGGCAGUGGCCCUGGGCAUCAGCAUGGCCCGCAGCGCCAUGCACCUGCGUGAUGCGGCCAAGCUGGCGGUCACCGUGAGCAUCAUGAUCCCACUCGGCAUCGGCAUCGGCCUGGGCAUUGAGAGCGCCCGUGGCAUGCCAAGCAGCGUGGCCUCUGUGCUGCUGCAGGGCCUGGCGGGUGGCACCUUUCUCUUUAUCACCUUCCUGGAGAUCCUGGCCAAGGAACUGGAGGACAAGAACGACCGGCUGCUCAAGGUCCUCUUCCUGGUGCUUGGCUACGCAGUGCUGGCUGGCAUGGUCUUCCUCAAGUGGUGAGUCUCCUCUUCCUCCUCCUCUUCCUCCUCCUGGUCCUCUACAUUGUGGCUGCCAUGAGCUCCAGCUGGACACAGGCCACGUCCCCCAGCUCCACCUCCUUGGAGAGGGACACAGGGAUGCAGCCCCCCUAGACCACGCUGCACCCCCAUCCUGCAUUCUGAGUCUCUAUGCACCGAUGCUACUUUAAAAAUACUCUUGAAAAGAUUUGCUACAGCUGUGUGACCGGGUCAACUUUGGGCAGGAUGGGGUGCCGACUGGACAGGGAUGGGGCCUGGACCUUGGGUCCAGACCAGGUCAGGCCCAGACUUGUCCCCACCGCACCCCAGCCAAGAACAGCGGCGGUGGGCCCAAUUAUGCCGGUCAUGAGCAGCAACAUCCCACAGCUGGGCUGGGCGGCUGCAGGGCCCUUCCUCCAGCCAGGGAUUGCCAGAGAUCCGUACAACAAGCACACAACAACACCCCCAGGGCAAAAAGCUCCUGGGACCCAGAGCUAGAUCUGUCCUAGUAACCCCUCCCAGCCUGACCUGUUGCCCUGGCAACCCCAGCCUGCCCCUGGGGACUUGGUGUCCAGAGAGCAUCUUUGCUCUGGGGAGUCAGCCUGGUGGGAAAGAGCCAGGUUCUGAGUCUGGAGCCUGUCUCUGGGCCUCACGUACAUGAGGCCUAGAUGCCAGGGUCUCCCUGGUACCCCCACAGACCCCAGUGCCCUCCAGUCCCCAGCCAUAGGCCACACAUUUCUCUAUCCCCAACUUCUUCCUGUGCCUGAUGCUCAGCCAGCACCCAUGUCCCAGUACUGUCCCCUCUGUGGGACAUCCAGGUUCCCUGACCAGGAGAGCCCUUCAUUUCCCCCUGUGAGGCCCCUGUCUCCUGGCUAUCACCCUGACUAGGACAGCAGUGGCUUGCCCGAGGCUGGAUGUCCCCUGAGGGUGCUGCCUCCCAGCCCAGCUCCCAGGACUUGGGCAUCUGCAGCCUGAGGAUCCUUGUGAGGACUCAGGAGUCAGGGCUAUUGCCGCGAUGCCUGUAAUGACCCCGAAGUUCAGACCCCACCUCUGGGGCUUAGGGCACCUCUCAGGACCCCUAGACCCUCUUGCAGGGCCUCCCCUUGGUGCUGCUGGAAGUCAGGCCCUUUCUUACGGACUCUAGCUGUGUCUGCGUGAGCCCAGUGCAGCCUGGCCUUGCCGUGGGCGGGGAGCGGCUGUGUGGCUGUGCGACAUCUCUGCUGUGUCCUGCACCGUGUUCCUGCCUGUCACCCGUUGCUGGCCCCUGGCCUUUGCCACCAGAAGGUGGGAUCAUGGAGAUGCCAGACCUGCACGGGGAAGAUCCAGGUUCUGCAUAGGUGGGGUAUGCCCAGGUGACAUGACUGGGCUGGGAUAGGAAGGCUCAGGUCCCCCCAUGCAGCAGGAAACCGUCUGCUCUAGCAGGCCCAGCUCUGUGACUACCAAGGGUGCGUGCUGUAGGGCACCCCCCUGCACAUGUCAGCUCCCUGGAGCAGCCCUGGGACAGCUGCAAGCCUGUCCAGCUCUCCCCAGCCUCUUCCCUACCUUCUCCCAAAAGGAACCUCUGCGAUUAUGUCAGCCUUCAGCUGGAGCUCACCCAGAGCCCUUAGCCCACUGCAGGGCACCCGUCACCACCAAGCAUGCCUGCUUCCACCACACUUCAGGUCAUCCUGCUGUGGCCAUGCCCCCUGCCCAUUGCUCCUGACUCCCCCAAAGUUCAUCCAGGCUUCAUCAAGUUUGGGAGACCAGAGACUAUGGUCACAGGACCUGCAAACCUACCUGUCACUGCCCUUGCCCACCAGGGUAAGAGGCAUUGUGGGCUCUGGUCUCCUGGCCUCCCGGAGCCACAGUCAGGUGCAGCCCAGCCCAAGGCAGUGAGCACAUGGGGUUUCUUAGGCUCAACUUGGUAGCUGUCCCCACUUUGAGAAGUAUGUGGGGGGUGUCUGCUGGGGUACCAGGAAAUAGCACAGUUCUCUCUGUGAUACACCCAGGUGUGACCUGGACUCUGACCACGAGGUUCCUCUCGUGGUUCUAGCCCUGUGCCGGGUCCUGACCACACAUGUGUGCCUGUGCGGGGUCCUGACCACACAUGUGUGCCUUGCUGCAUGGUAAAGGGAGCUUCCACUUGAGUCAGAUGGGAGUCACCACUGCUCAUCCUAAGCUCUGCAGAACUGCCUGGUCAGAAUUUGUCACAGCAGGUGGCAGGCUGCAACCUCUCCACUGUGACGCCCAGAACUGUCUCACGACUAUAAAGCCUGGUACUUUCUUGAGGUCUGUACUGACUGGAGUUCUCAAUUGUGAUUCUGGCCCAGGGGACACUGGGCGGUGUCUGGGGACACACUGACUGGAGGCCAAGGAUGCCGCUCAGCACCCAGCCUGUGCCCAGGACUCCAGCUCCAGUGUGGCCUUCCUGGGAUCAGCGGCACAGAAAGCAGGGACAUGCGACAGGUGCUUUCCGCCCUCCAUCUGGAGCAGAGGGCGGAGGAAGGGGCGGUAGCCCCGGGCCUGCAUGGAGUCACUGUAAUAGCAGCAUGUCAAGCCUGUGCUCUGCCUUGUUUGUGUUCCUGCCAGGCGGGUGGGUGGGACAGGGAGAGCCAAGUCCCCAGUCCCAGACAAGCCAUCGAUGACAGGCAGGACCAUGCCCACCACCCUGGCUGACAGCCCUGUGUGCCCCGCCCAUGUCCCACCUGGUCAGCCUCCACCGUUACUGGAUGGACUGUGCCAGAGCUUUAGAAAAAGCCAGGGACCUGCCCAUCACACCUGAAGGCGCCCAGCUGUCCCUCCAUGGGGCCCUUUGGAGGAUGUCGCUGCGAGGCGUGGGCCUUCCCUGUGGAGACCCAGGACAUGCCUCCUGCAGUGCUGAGGCCAGGUUGGGUGGGGGCAGAAAGAGCCCUCCACAGGGGCUGCGACACUGCUGACCUCAGUCAAGGGGCCGGCACAAUCACUAGGCCCUGCCUUUUUUUUUUUUUUUUU